UAAAAACAAAAUCACUACGGUGAGGUAGAGAGAUUUUAAAUAGCCGAUUCUUUAUGGAUCAUAUCGUCAUAAAGCUGUUCAAUUUUUUUUUUUUUUUGCUGUGAAUUAUUCUAUCAGUCUAGGUAUAACCAAACUGAAGUAUCUUCACUUGUGAUAGCUUUAACCUUCCUUUGCGCCAGGGGAUCUAUAGAUUUAGUUAGACAGUAUUUAUUUAUCGAGAACGAAAAUUGAAUCAUGCCGACGAGUUAUGGCCAUAAAUUUGGGUUAUGGUCACCGCAACAUCGGUUGGUUUUGCGCUUACUGCUCCUCACAGGAUUGGGGCUUGGAACCGGAACAGUAAUUUCUUCAUAUCUACGCCUGAAAAAGAAGGUGAUGGAUGAUGAUGGCUAUACAGAGGAGGACCUAAUAAGUGCAAUGCCAAGUGAUAUAUUGUGCUCCAUCCUCUCACGACUGGAUACAAAAGAUGUGGUUAGGACUAGCAUAUUGAGUACUAGAUGGAGUAACCUCUAUCUUUUUCUGCCGUAUUAUUCUUUUAGUUGCCGAUGCUCGUUCGAGAUUCCUUUCCGUGGCCAGUGUAGCUGUACAGCUGAGUAUAGGAAGGAAAUUAUGACUGUCUUGGAUCGUUUUUUCCGAAUGCCUAGAGGAGCUGGCUGUGAAAAGAUUAAAUCUUUCUGCCUGUCAUUGUGUGUGAAAAGAGAUUUCACGUGUCACAUUGAGCGUUGGGUGCGUCAGAUUGCUGGAUUGGGUGUGGAAGAGUUUACGCUCAGGUUGUGUUGUCAACAAAGUACAAAACAUAUCACAUUUCCACUCCAGAAGCUUUUAUGCGAAGCAGCAGCAGCACCGAUGCUCAAAUCUCUGCAUUUGGCCGCAUGCAUCCUGGAACCCUUCAAUCCCCAACACCCUUUCAAAUCUCUAACAUCCUUGAGGCUUAGUUAUAUCGAAUCAGUUGAUGUGCAGAGCGUGUUGUUAUCAUGUCCGGAACUUGAGUCUCUAACAUUGGAGUAUUGCUGUCUUCAUUCUAAGCUGUUCAUUGGCGGAGGGAAACAACUGAAGUUGAAAUCAUUAAUCAUUUAUAGGUGCCAUGGGGGGGUCAAUGAGAUAUCUUUAUGUGCUGAAAACCUUGUAAUCUUGGAAGUUCAGUUAUGGAUAGAUUCAACAAUGAAGUUUCCUCACCCUACCAAUGCUCCCAAGCUCCAGCAUGUCAACAUCACGGUAAUGCACUCCGAAGAUAUGUGUGACAUCAUUAGAUGGGUAGGAAAUGAUUGUCCUCAGGUUGAAUCUCUUUAUCUUGAUUUGUCGUUUGGAAACCGCGCUUGUGCAUAUAGUUUGCCGCGCGAGGUGCCCACAUUUGGUCACAUGAGGCAGCUUUACAUACUAAUGGAGUUCAAUGAGUUGUUUGAUGUGACUCAAGUUGCUGCUUUAAUCACGGGCUGUCCACUGCUUCAGAGAUUGCAUUUAGUGGGAAGGGGGAGAAAACCAUGCUAUCUUCGUAUUGGAGAGAGAGUAUCUCUCAGAAAUCAUCAUCUUCAUCUUCAUCUUAAAGAAGUAGAAUUUGGUGGGUUCCUUGGUUUGGAGAAUGAGGUUGCUUUGGUAUUGUAUAUCCUGAAAAAUGCUUUGGCUCUUGAGAGGAUGGUGUUAUGCAGGGAUUAUAGGUGGUAUACUGGUGCUAGUAAAGGAGGAAAAUGGGAGGAGAGAAAAGAUUACAAAGGGCCUACGUGGUCGAAAAAUCCACCAUAUAAUGUAACAUUUGAUCAAAGCAAAUUACAAACAAUCCAUCAGCAAUUGAGAGGGCAGGCUGCUUCCCCAAAGGCGCAAGUGAUCGUCAUUUAGGAUGUGUUAUUUAAUUUUAAAUCAUGAAUUGCUCCAUCCAUAAUAUUUAUAAAUUGUUAAUACUAUUCUUCUUCUUAUUGUUGUUGUUGUUUCCAAUGUCUGUUCUUAUUUCUAAUGGAUGGAAUAUAAAUAUAUUUAAUCUGACACAUGUUUGGUUGCUGUAGCUGCUUUGAAUUCUUAUUGCACUUGAUAACAUUCCAUUUGUAUUUUCUAUCAUAUACUACGAAGGAACUAGGAAGCAUGAAGUUCUGCAACAAUGUUGGCAUAAUGUCCAACAUCUAAAUGCAAUAUAUCAUUGUUAUCUAUUGUUUAUCCUUCAAAAUUCA